AUGAAAAUAAUUCGUGAUUUAAAUUUAAAUACAAAUACUGAAGCUCGUGAACAACAACGUCGUUUUGUAAAUGAACGUUUUCAACGUUCAAAUACAAAUAUUGAUCGUUCUAUAAAAUCAUCUGCAACUGAUUUAACAGAAUUAAUAACAAAUUUUUCUGAUAUAUAUACAUCAAUUGAACAAUCAAAAAAUCGUGUUCAAAAUGUUCGUGAACGUUUACGUGAAUGUAAAAAUUUAUUAUUAUUAAAACGACAAGAUAUACGUAAAUUAUGGUCAUUAACAUCGGAACAAAAUGCUUUAGUUAAAAUUUAUCAAAAUAUUGAUGAAUUAAAACAUGUACCUAUACGUUUACAAUUUUAUUUAAAUAAACAUUUAUAUAUUCAUGCAUCAUUAUUAUUAUUAAAAGCAAAAGAACAUCAAGAAUUACGUUUAAUAAAUGCAUUAUCUGAUAUUGAUAUACAAUUAAAAGAUGAACGUGUAUCAUUAGAACAUCAAUUACGUUUAGAAUUAAUAAAUCAAUUAUUUGAAAAACCAUGUCGUGAUAUACUUGGAAAUAAAAAUGUUUCAUCAUCAACAAAUUCAACAUCAACAACAAAUAAAAAUGAUCAUAAUUAUUUAUCACGUAUACGUGAAAAUCGUCUUUUAAGAAAACAACUUGAUCAAGAUUUUGAAUCAGGAAAAUUAUUAUUUGAAUCUCAUUCAUUAGCUAUUAUACCUGAUAAAUAUAUGUUAGUUGAUAUACGUCAACAAACACCAGAUUUAUAUUUUGAUGUUUUAUUACAAUCAUUAUCAAUAUUAUCACGUUUAAAUGAAACACUUGAUUAUUUACAAAAACAAUUACAUGAACAAUUUCAUCGAAUUGUUUUACGUACAACACAACAUAUUGUUGAUAAUAAUUUUGUUUUACAUUCAAGUAAUUCUCAUCAAAAUCUUAUGGUAAAUAAUCCUGAUUGUUUAAGAGAUUUACUAGAAACAUGUUAUGAACAAUUUAAACUUGUUGUUAAAAAUAUUGAAUAUUUAUUAAAUGUUUUAAAAUUAAUACAAGAACAUCAAGCACCUAUACAAAUUCGACAACAAGAAUAUAUUGGAAUACAAACAGCAGAAAAUCAACGAAAUGUUAAAUCUGAACAACGGCCAUCAAUUCCUAUUCCAAUACAAUUUGAAAUUCCAUAUUUAUUUUCUAUUGAACUCGUUUGGGAAACUCUUCAACAAGUUCUUAGUGAAGUAUUAAAUGAAUAUAUUGAAUAUAAUAAUGCACUUGAUACAUCAUCACCUAAUUCUUCUUUAACAUCAAGUUCAACAGAUUAUUCAAAUCGUCAUUCUGUUGUUGAUUUUUCACAAUAUUUAACAAAAAAAGCUCCUCCACGUUCACAACAAAUUUCACGUCUUUUUGAAUUUUCUCAAUCAGCACAAUUUAAUUCAAUGACAUCGUAUUUACAAGAACAAAAUCGAUUUGCUAUUAAACAAGAAACACCAACAGCAGCCAUUGCAACAGCUUAUAAGCAAUAUGUAUGCAAACCAAAUUAUCGAAAUAUAACAGCUGUACAUGAUAUUCUUCAACGAAUUAUUGAAGAUAUUGAUGCAAGUGUUCAAUUACAUUCAACUAAGCGUAUUCUUGACAGAAAAUUAACUGAAUUUAUUCGUGAUCGUUUUAUUGGUCGUGUAAUAAAAGAUAUUCGUGAAUCAGCUCAAUUAUCAUCAUCAUCAACAACAGCUGAUCAAAAUCGUCUUGCUGAAUUAGUACCAGUUGUUUUACAAAAACAACUUCAAUUACCAAUACCAAUUCUUCAAUCAACUUAUUCAAUAUUUAAAUCAUGUGAAGAAUUAUGUGCAUUAGUUAAAUGUCUUCCACCAUAUGCAGAUGAUUUUUGUCAAGCUAUUAUUGAUCUUUUAUUUAAACAUCGUGAAUCAUCUAAUAAAUUAUUUUUAUCAAUUGUUGAACGAAAUGAUUCACCAGGUACAUCAAUUUAUUCGAAUGAAUGGGUUAAAGAUUUAGAUAUAAAUCGUCAUUUACGUACAAUGCCAGCAUUUGAUGCAUUUAUACGUAUGGCUAAACAACAACAUUCAACAAAUAAUGAUAAUCAAGAUGAUAAUGCUGAUAAUAUACGUUUUCGUCAAACAAAAGAAACUGAAACUUUAUUAAUUAAUUUUAGUCAAAAUGAAAUGAAUUUAGAUGAUAUUUGUACAAAUUAUAAACAUAUUAAAUUAUUAGCUAAUAUUCAUGAAAGUCUUGAUUGGUUAUAUUGUAAAUUAUCAUAUUAUUUUGAUAUAUUAGAUAAAUGUUUAAAUGAUACUAAAUAUCUUGAUGCAUUAACACAAACAACAGUCACAUCUGGUUAUACAUCACGUUCAUUAAAACAAAAUCAUCAUCAAUAUGAUCAAUUAAAAUUAUCUCGUGUUAAUUUAGAAAUAUUUUCAAAUGCAAUGAAAACAACAUUAACAUUAUCAUAUGAUAUAUUACUUGUUUUAUUUCUUGAAAUACGUCUUCAUUGUUUUUAUCAUUUAUCAUUAUUAUUUCGUAAUGCAUCACAUUAUUCAUCUGUUAUUGAUACAGAUCCUGAUGAAAAUAUAAUGACAUUAAAUCGUGAUUUAACACGUUUACAAGAAACAUUACAUUCAUCAUUAAAUGAAAAAAAAUUUUCAUUUUUAUUUCAAGGUCUUGGAUUUGUUUUAGCAACAAUAUUAAUUCGUUCAGCACCACGUUUUGUACGUAUAAGUGAAUCAGGUGUAACUAAAAUGUGUCGAAAUAUAUUUGCUAUUGAACAAACAUUAACACAAAUUCGAACAGUUGGUGAUGCUGAAUUAAUGCGUGCACAUCGUUUUUAUGAAUUAUUAUAUGCAACAAAACCAGAUGAAAUUAUUGCUGUUAUUGAAGAACAUGGACCUGAAUAUACUGAACAAGAUUAUAUACAUUUAUUACAAUUAAAACAUCGAAGUUUUCCAGCAAGUGAAAGUGGAAAUUUUGAUUUAAGUAAAUAUGAACAAAUAAUUAAGAAAGCUUUACAUCCAAAUGCAACAAUACAAAAUAAAAUUGUUAAUGGACAAACGAAUGCAAAACAUUAA